AUGGAGGACACCAAAAUGGUCAAGAUCGGGGACAUCAACCUGUCCGAUGAUCCGGCAGUAACGCUCACCAUACGACUCAUCAUGCAAGGAAAGGAAGUCGGAAGCAUUAUCGGAAAAAAGGGAGAGAUCGUCAAGCGGUUCCGAGAAGAGUCCGGCGCAAAAAUCAACAUAUCAGACUGCUCGUGCCCGGAACGAAUCGUGACGGUGUCCGGAUCCAGAAGUGCGAUCUACAAAGCCUUUACACUAAUCACGAAGAAGUUCGAAGAGUGGUGUUCCCAGUUUCAAGACAAUACGAAUACACAGGGCAAACCACAAAUUCCAAUUCGUCUGAUUGUACCAGCUAGUCAGUGUGGCUCGUUGAUCGGAAAAGGUGGUUCUAAAAUCAAAGAAAUUCGUGAAAUCACCGGCUGCUCGAUACAGGUUGCAAGCGAAAUGUUGCCAAACUCGACGGAACGAGCCGUUACGCUGAGUGGUUCCGCUGAAGCCAUUACGCAAUGCAUCUAUCACAUAUGCUGUGUCAUGCUGGAGUCACCACCGAAGGGUGCCACAAUUCCGUACCGGCCAAAGCCACAGGUGAAUGGGCCGGUAAUAGUGGCUAAUGGUCAGGCGUACACCAUUCAGGGUAACUACGCCGUCCCGGCCCAGGAGACCUGCACAGUAUAUCCACUAGCCAUUACCGGUGGCUUGCAUGCGGGCAUCUCCGGUUUAGCCGAUCCAUUACUAAAAGGAACACAUCUACAGGGAGCGAUACCUCCACAUCAUCUACAACCGAUACCUGAUGUUUCGGGAAUCGCUAAAAAUCCGCUUGCCGGUCUAGCAGCACUUGGAUUAGCUGGUGCGAUUCCCUCCAACACCGGUGGACUUAACCCAACUGCUAAUGCCUUUCAAUUUAUAUCCCACGCAGCUCUCGCCGCUUUGGCCGGUUCUCAACUGCGAACCAACAACAACCGCAACGUAGCUCCAGUUCAGUCUCAAUCACACGAAAUGACCGUGCCAAAUGACCUGAUAGGUUGCAUUAUCGGUAAGGGUGGCACCAAGAUUGCAGAGAUCCGCCAGAUUUCCGGCGCCAUGAUACGCAUUUCCAACUGUGAGGAGCGCGACAGCGGCAACACGGACCGAACGAUCACCAUCACCGGCAACCCGGACUCGGUCGCACUGGCCCAGUAUCUGAUCAACAUGAGAAUUUCGAUGGAAACUGCCGGAAUGCCAAUCCCAGGCUAUCACUACAUCACCCCGAAUCACAUCGUCAAAGCGCCGAUCCAUUAAAACUUUCGCUCUCUUCUCCCUCUCAGCUUUAGAAGUGGUGAUGGUGGUAGCAAUGGCAGCGGCAGCAGCAGCAGUAUCCUCCGACCGAUGACAAACACCACGAUGGCGGCAGCGGC